AACGAAGAGGAGCAAUGGGCGUCGAAGGAAGCGAUGGGGGAUGGACCCUCGGGCCGAAGAAGACGACACUCUCCGUGGAGCAUGCGGUGAACGAGCCAAUUCUCCUGCCAGUGAAGCCGGCCGACGACCCCUUGCGCGUCGAUGCAACCAGCCUCGUCAAGCCCGAGAUCAAGCCCGAGAUCAAGACUGAGCAGCCGCGGCCCGACCCACCGGCCGAGCCAUCGGCCAGCGCUGGGGUCAUAGUGCUUCAGGAUGGAGAACUCGAUCCACUCUCGGCAAUGAUGGGGUCGUCGGUCUCGGUAGCGGAUCCACCAAAGGCGUCAAGCAAGAGAACGCUCGUAGCGCCAUCGGCGAUACCCGUGGUCAAGGACGAGCGGAACGACUACCUUGAUGAAUGGAUCAUGGCGAAGGAUGGUAUCUUUCAGGACUUUGCGUCGGAGACAUUCAAGGUCAAGCUGCAUGCGAACGACCAAGCCUUCGUCGACGACAGCACGAGUCGCCAGUUUGUCUACUCGGAGGGCGAUCCGCAGACCGACAGCAGCGCGAUCCGGAAGGCGCGCGCUCGCUUGGAGCAGCUUGAGAGCAAGAAAGAGCCCGAGGGCGCGUCGGCGACCGUCGAAGUGUCCAAGACUGAGUACGUUGACCGCGUCAAGACGCUCCAGACCGACUUUGUCGCGGCGUGGCUCGACGACCAGAAGGUGCUGGCCUUGCGCAUCGCAAUCAAGUGCUUUAAGCUCCUUGGUGACGUGAGCUUCCCGAAGUUGUACCCGUGCAUGUUUGUGCUCGUGAGCGAUGUCCUCGACUGCUUUGGGUCGCAUGUCUACAACCGCAUUUUGGCCAAAGCGGAAGAAACCCUGGAGCAGCCGUUGCCGUCCAACUUUACAAGCAACGACAUCUGCAUCGAGGCGAAAGAGACGUGUCGCAACUGGUUUUACAAGACUGCUUGCAUCCGCGAACUCCUCCCGCGCAUCUACACGGAAAUCGCCUUGCUGCGCUGUUACCGGUUUCUCUGCGACGGAGAGUACCCCCAGAUCGUAUCUCGCCUCUCCAACAUGAUCCGUGGAAUUGGCGAUCCAACGAUCGGUUUGUACUGCCGAGCGUACCUGGCACUGGCCAGCUCGCGCGUCUUGCCACCGUCGACCCCCAAUCCAGCGCUACUCAGCAGCAUGCAAGACUACAUGUACAUUAUGCAUCGCUUCUCGCUCGAUACGGUAGCAUAUUUUCCCAUUCUUACCCUGCACGAGAUCACGGAAAGCGAGAUGCGUGCGAUGCACUCACCGGCCGUCGAGUGGUUGGCGAAAGGAAUUGCUCUGCACGCAUCCGGGAACGAAGCAGAGGCACUUCUAUCGCAGUACAAGCAGUACCCAGAGAAUGGCAUGGUACUGUCGCACCUCAUCAAGACGUUUCCCCCGACCGCGCUGGCGAAACACACCAUGGACAUUGUGUAUCUCAUCAAGCAAACAACCGGUCCCAAGGUCGAUCUGUACCGCUGUCUGUGCACACAGCUCGUGCAUGCGUCGCCGCCCGACGCCGAUAAGCUCACUUUCCUCAACGAGGUGUGGGGCACCAUUACGCAGCUGAGCGAUAUCCACGCGUACCUGACGUGCGCCACGGGCUUUAUGCAACUCCUCGUAGCCCACUACUCGAGCCGAGAGGUCGUCAUCCUCCUGAAGGACAUCGUGCGCCAUCUCAAUACGGCCGAGACCAUGGACGCCAAGAUGUACCAGAUGCUGCAAGCGAUCAUGACGACGAUCAUCCUCGAGGCGCGCCGCCAGCUCUACUACUUUAGCACGAUCAUCACGUCCUCGGAGUUUCUCACGCUGCUGGGGAUGUUUCGUCACACAACCAACGUCGCGCUGAGCAAGCGGCUCCUCGAAACAUUUCUGCGCAAGUCCAAGGUCACCCUCAACGUGCACGGCCCGCACGCUGCGCUUGUCCAAAUCCUCUUCAGCUUGAGCUUACGUAUCCACGACGCCCUCGACAGCCUCAGCGCCAAGCCCGAGCUCGCCGAAGCGGCCUCCCUGCUCUGUAACUUUGUACUGGCGCUCGACGCGGCCUUGACGCGCGACGGCGAGGAUGCGUUGCUGCAGCUACUCGUCGACUGCCGCAGCGCCUUUUACAAACUCGACAAGGUGAAAGCCUGCCUCAUCCGGCGCGUCUUGGCACUCGCCGUGCGCGCCUAUCCACGGAUUCAUAUGACAUCGACACGCAACUUUGUCAAGGGAUGCCUGGCGUACUGCCACAUUACGAUUCCGUCGCUGCCAGAUCCGCUGGAGAAGCUGUCGUUGAUGACAGCCUGCGCCAAGGUCGCCUUGCUGUGCCACUGCCUGCCGCAAAUGGACGCAUUCGUGAAGGCCAGCAUCGUACUCAUGACUGAAGUGCCGUCUGCAGAGGCCGCGGCCCAAGAAGCCGCGCUCCGAGACAACGAUGGCCCUGUGUCGGCAGCCAUGUACGAGUCGCUCGUCUGUGCGGCGAUGCGGGAUCUUCUUUCGCUGCUUGUCGUCGUGCCGUCGCUAUCAGCAGAGGCUCCAUUGUAUUUUUACCACGGCUAUGCGAAUGCGCUGGGCAAGUUUGCGUGGCACCCAAAGGAUGUCAACGGUCUCCGCAUGCACAUCCAGCUGCUUCCGUUUCUGUCCGCCUGCGCCCAAGAGACGGCACCGUACAAGAUCGGGUUGGGUACGUGCGACGUUCUUCGGGCGUUGACAGAGCUCAAGUCCCAAGUGGACGUGCAGUGCGACGUUGCCUUGGACCUUGUCAACCACCUCCUUGCCUGUGUCGACGCGACGCAGCCGGCAGCGCUUGAACGCCUUAUCAAGAUCCUUCUGGGCGUGCAAAAGCACUACGACGUGUUGCACGGCGACCUCAAGGUUUAUUACGCCAACACCCGCGACGCUCUCGUGCAGCAAGCGCUUACAAAGAUCGUGCGCGCGGGCCACCUUGAUGCGUCUCAGCAACGUCUUUCGGCGCUUCUCAAGGCUCUGGACGCGCCUCCGUCGGCGUAA